CUGAAAACCGCGUUUCACAGAACCAUAGUAAAGUCGCUAGGGAACGUGUAAGUAUGGAAGGGGGUCCCCAAAGUGCAAGCAAGGCCGAAUUCACAGAAUGUUGGCACAGAGCAACUGGUUCACCUUACAUUAUGCGCCUUGCUUUAUCUGCUGGCAUUGGAGGUCUUCUAUUUGGCUAUGAUACAGGUGUGAUUUCUGGAGCCUUGUUAUACAUCCGUGAGGACUUUGAUGAAGUUGACAAGAAAACAUGGUUACAGGAAACCAUUGUGAGUAUGGCUGUUGCUGGAGCUAUCAUUGGUGCUGCAUUUGGAGGAUGGAUGAAUGACAAGCUAGGAAGGAAAAAGUCUAUUUUAACUGCUGAUGUUUUGUUCUUCGUUGGUGCAGUUGUUAUGGCUAUUGCUCCAGUUCCAUGGGUCAUCAUUAUUGGAAGAGUUUUCGUUGGUGUGGGAGUUGGUAUGGCAUCCAUGACUGCCCCGCUGUACAUCUCAGAAGCUUCCCCUCAUAGCAUCAGAGGAGCUAUAGUCUGUAUCAAUAGUUUGCUUGUCACAAGUGGCCAAUUUGUUGCCUACCUUAUCAAUUUGGCAUUCACAAAGGCCCCAGGAACCUGGCGAUGGAUGCUUGGGGUGGCAGGAGUUCCAGCUGCGGUUCAGUUCUUAUUAAUGCUGUUCCUCCCUGAGUCACCUAGAUGGCUCUAUAGGCAGGGGAUGGAAGAGGAGGCAAAGGGCAUCUUGUUAAGAAUCUAUCGCGCGAGUGAAGUUGAAGAGGAGAUGAGAGCCAUGCAAGAAUCCGUUGAGAUUGAGAAGGAGGAGGAAGGGUUGAUGGGGCAGAGUUUUGCAGAGAAAUUAAAGGGUGCUUUGACCAAUGAUGUAGUUAGAAGAGCUUUGUAUGCAGGCAUCACAGUUCAAGUUGCUCAGCAAUUUGUAGGUAUUAACACCGUGAUGUAUUACAGCCCCACCAUUGUUCAAUUUGCUGGCAUUGCCUCAAACUCCACAGCUCUUGCACUCUCUCUCAUUACAUCUGGUCUAAAUGCGGUUGGCUCUAUAUUGAGUAUGGUUUUCAUUGAUAGAUAUGGAAGGAGAAGAUUGAUGCUCAUCUCCAUGAUUGGGAUCAUUGUUUGCCUCUUGGUUUUGAGUGUUACAUUUUUCGAGGCAGCUCGCCAUGCUCCUGCAAUUAGUAACGCGGACACCCUCACUUUCGGUGCCAACUCUACAUGCCAGCCUUACACAAAAGCCCCAAAUUUCUCAUCAUGGAACUGUAUGCAAUGUUUGAAAGCAGAGUGUGCCUUCUGUGCCAACAGCCAGAGUGAAUUUCUCCCGGGAGCAUGCUUAACUGCAGAAAAGAGCAUAAGAAGCGUGUGUCGUUCAAAAGAAAGAGUAUGGUUUUCUCAGGGUUGUCCAAGCAAAAUUGGACUCUUAGCAGUUAUAAUGCUUGGAGUGUAUAUCGUAGCAUACUCUCCUGGAAUGGGAAGCGUGCCUUGGGUUCUGAAUUCAGAGAUAUACCCAUUGAGAUUCAGAGGACUAGGUGGAGGUAUUGCUGCAGUUUCCAACUGGUGUGCUAAUCUCAUUGUGAGUGAGUCAUUCUUAAGUAUGACUAAGUCUUUAGGCUCUUCUGGCACAUUCCUCCUCUUUGCCGGUUUCUCCAUGAUUUCCCUCAUCGCCAUCUAUGCAUUAGUGCCUGAAACCAAAGGCCUCCAGUUCGAAGAGGUGGAGAAGUUACUUCAAAAAGGCUUUAGACCUUUCCCGUUUAACAAGAAAGAGGAGAUUAACAAGUAA